GACAUCGUGUUACACAAGAUAGUCAUAUGCAUACGAUAGCGGUAUCGCUUAACACAAAACCCGGCACCGAAGUCAUGCAGUAUCCUGUAACGUUGUCUAUUUAUCUAUAUGCUGUAGAGCUGUCAUGAACGAGCAUGUCAGCAGAGCUCGAAGAUGAAGUGACAUCGAUCAACUCCAUCUACGGUGAUGGCACCUUAGAACCAUUAUCUGAAGAGCCAGCAGUAUAUGCUUUGACCUGUCCAUCUCAGCCAAGUAUCUCACUGAGGCUGGAGUUUCCGGCAAGCUACCCUGAUGCGCCUCCGUCGGUUCUUGGCACGCAGUCGGUAGGAGAGAGCGUGCCCAAAGGAGAGGGUAGCUACUUCGUCGGUCUUGUUCGCGAUGUCCUUAGUGACAUCUACACGCCCGGUGCGCCAUGCAUCUUUGACUUGGUGGAGGAAACUGGCCAGAGGCUUCAGGAUCUCGGCUACAGCUCGGGCGCUUUCCCGGAACAGGAGGCACAAAGUACUCAAGCGAACAGUCAGCCAGUUCCAUAUCAUGAUCUAGCUGACAUUGAUCCUAACAAUCACCAGCCAUUGGACCAUCUUGGCGACUCGCCACCCUGGACUCUCUCCGAUGUAAUUACGGAGAAAAAGUCCGUCUUCGUAGCUCGAGCUGCUCCCGUCUCAUCUCCGCUUGAAGCCAGGACUUACCUUGCCCAUCUAUUGGCGACCGACAAAAAGGUCGCCAAAGCCACGCACAACAUCACCGCUUGGCGCAUCCGCGGAGAGAGCGGCGUACAAUACCAAGAUUGUGAUGACGACGGCGAGACAGCGGCUGGUGGCCGGUUGCUGCACUUAAUGGAGCUGAUGGACGUGUGGGAUGCGAUGGUAGUCGUGACGAGAUGGUACGGUGGCGUGCUGCUAGGUCCGGAUCGCUUCCGCAUCAUUAAUCAAGCCGCCAGAGACGCACUUGUCAAGGGUGGCUUUGCGGCUGAUGCUGGCAAGGAUGGCGGCAAGAAGAAGAGUAAGAAGUAAGGCUCAACUCUCAAUCCUGAGUAUCACGAUGCUUCUCGCAUCGAUUAGGACUGUCGCCUGGGCAGGAUCGAUCGAUUACGGUAGGAUGUGGUUGUCAUUUCAGCUUGUCACAGGAUAGGGUAUAUCUGCAUCAACAAGCGCUCCAUCCGUCGCUAUGCAUUUUAUGUAGUUGUGCUUCAAAUCCGAUGCGUGCAGCUCUCUCGAGUCGUCGUCUCGUUCCCUCCACCUCUCUGCUCCUCCUACAGUCCCAAUGGGUUCUGACCCGUCUGCGCA